AUGCCACUGCGCCACUCGCCGCAACAUACCCCAAUUACAUCUGAAUCCAUGUCAGCAUUACUUCCGCAAACAUAUGACUCAGAUACUCCAUCCGAACGAAGUGGCAGUAGUAAUAUUAACGUACGUACUAAAAGAAGGCGGGAACCAGAUGAAGAUGUGAAGGAUUUAAAGACAGAAAUGAGAGACCUUUUCUUCAAACUUUCCACGUCUGUAGAACAACAAUUUCAAGCUAUCAAACAACAAAAUAUUGCAUUACAAGAAAGCCUUCAAUUUAUGUCAGAGAAAUAUGACAGUGUGUUACAAAAAAUUAAAAACAUAGAAGGAGAACGUAGCGAAGAUGGGAAAAAAAUACAAAUGUUAGAAGAAAGAGUGGAUUUCCUCGAGAGGAAAAUUAGAGCUACGAGCUUAGAGAUUCGAAACAUUCCCCUAAAAUCGAGCACCGACAAAUCUACGGAAACAAAAGAUGAAAUGUGCAGAUUGGUGAAAUCUCUUGCCAGAUCAGUAAAUGUAAAUCUUCAAGAAGAACAAAUAAAAGACAUAUAUAGAAUUAGAUCAAAAAAGGACACAAACAAACCACUUAUAAUUGAGUUUAACAGCACUCUGACAAAAGACAAUAUCUUAAGAGGGGUUAAAACGUUUAAUAAGGAUAAGGCUAUGGGAGAGAAGUUGAAUACUAACCAUCUUAACAUUCCUGGACCUUCCAGACCGGUAUACGUAUCUGAAGCACUGAACCAAAAAACCCAAAAGCUAUUCUACAUGGCACGAGAAUUUGCUAAAGAAAAUAGUUAUUCCUAUUGCUGGACUUCAAAAGGAUCUAUAUAUCUGCGGAAGACUGAAGGACAGCCUCUCAUCCACAUAAACUCUGAGGUUGAUCUAAUUAAAAUAAGAAAUAAAUGACUAGUUUCACAAUACAUAUUAUAUAACUAUUGCAUGUUUUUUAGCAUAAUAAGCAAAUAUAUACUUCAAAAUGUUUCAUA